CUCACUUUCUCUCUACCACCAAACCUCCCAUACCACCGUCACCAGAGCUCCGACAUAACCACAAAAGACUGUGGCGCUCACCACAGCCACUCAUCAUCAUGCAACCGCCGCUGUGUAAUCUGGCCAAUAAUAAUAAUCCUCUUCUUAAUCUUUCUCGUAAUUUUCCUAGUUUGGGCAAUCCUUCAUCCAUCAAAACCACGCUUUAUCCUUCGAGACGCCACCGUCGUCAACUUCAACGUCUUCGGCAAUCCACCGCACCUCACCUCAAGUUUCAAAAUCACUCUCUCCUCUCGUAACCCUAACGACAAGAUCGGAAUCUACUACGACCGUCUUGACGUCUACGCUUCUUACGGGAACCAACAGAUCACUUCUCCGACUGCCAUGCCGACGACUUAUCAAGGACAUAAAGAAGUCAAAGAUUGGUCUCCUUUCGUCGGUGGAAACUCCAUUCACCUCGCUCCGUACAAUGCCUUGAAUCUCGAGCAGGGCACGAUCAUGUUGAUGCUUCAUCUUAACGGCAGAGUUCGUUGGAAAUUUGGUACCUUCAUCACCGGAAAAUAUCAUCUCUACGUUAGAUGUCGGGCGUUUAUCAACAUCGGUAAUAGUGCUUCCGGAGUGAAGCAGCAACAGCACGAGACCUCAUGCAUGUCUCUUAUCUUUGGAUGAUGGAUAAUAAUAGUAGUAAAAGACAAAAACAAAGUUUAUUUUUAUUGAUGAUCGAUGAUUUAAUUUAAAUAUCGAUUU